AUGGUUCACACUUCACACACAGCCGCUGUAGGUAGUGCUGAGCUGCAGUGUACAGGAUCUGAAGCUGGACCCACAUAUGAAUCCCUGCAAAAUGUUUUUGAUAAGAAGUCUUUCCGUCCAACGUUGAAUUAUAGCCGGCCUACGAGUGUGAACAUCUCCUUCACACUCUAUGCGGUGCUAGGAGUGAAUGAGAAAAGUCAGAUUCUCACCACAUUUCUCUGGCUGCGUUUGUUUUGGCAGCACGAGUUUCUAACCUGGAGUCCAGAAAACUGUGGCUCCGUAGAGAAGAUCUCAUUGCCAGUUGAAGACAUUUGGACACCAGAUAUUAUUGUCUAUGAAUUUAUAGAUGAGGAUAAGUCCCAACGCACGCCGUUUGUCUAUGUCAAUCACACAGGACGUGUUCGCUAUGACCGGAUGCUUCGCGUUGUCAGCUCUUGUAACCUUGGCAUAUUCAACUUCCCAUUUGAUGUUCAGAACUGCUCAUUGACCUUUGGCUCUUACAUGCACACAGUGAAAGAUGUACGUCUUGGACUGGCUUUGCCUGUGGAACAGAUUCUGCAAAACUCCUUGCAAUAUCUGGAAACCAGUGGUGAGUGGGAGCUCCUGAGGAUAGAAGGGACACCAGACAUACUGGAAUUUGGCAUCGAUGAGUGGGAUAUCAUUACAUUUUGGGUGAGGAUCAAAGGAUUACCACAUUGCGUUUUUUCUUCUUGCCAGGUGGUGAUCAGGCGUCGCUCCGUCCUGUAUGUGGUGAACCUGUUAAUCCCUAGUGCUUUCCUCAUGCUGAUUGAUAUUCUGAGCUUCUACCUCCCCCCACACAGCACAGACCGCGCUUCCUUCAAGAUGACUUUGCUUCUGGGGUAUACAGUGUUCCUCCUAAUUAUGAAUGACCUGUUACCAAGCACCGCCAAUGGCACCCCACUAAUUGGUAUUUACUUCUCAGUUUGUUUGGCUCUCUUGGUGCUCAGUCUGCUGGAGACAGUCAUAAUCACCCAUGUCCUGCAUCGUGGGACCCUGCAAAGUGGGUCUGUGCCUACCUGGGUUAGACAUCUUGUACUAGUAUACAUAGCUCGCCUUAUCUGUUACCGAUUUACAGUGUCCAACCCACACAUUGUUUCUUCUAGUGGCCAAGUGCCACCACCAGGCAGCGAAGACAAAGCCUCAAAACCACCACCAUCUAACCCCUACCAUAACAAACUCUGCAUCACAGACCACAUAGAGGUCCUACCAAUGGUCCCAGAGCUGCUUCCCCCAGAUGCCCUUAGCCCUGGCCCUGAGAGACAGCUUGCAUUGAUUAGUCAAAACCUGCACAAGAUCAAGGAGAUCAUGGAGGGCAAAAACCAGCUCAAGGAACAGGAGGAAGAAUGGGUCCAAGUUGGAUACGUCCUAGACUGUCUGCUGUAUCGUCUAUACCUGAUCUUCAUUGGAUCCUACGCCAUUAUCAUCAUCAGUGUGUGGUGUGUAUGGUACAAUAUAUAAAAUAAUAAGGAUAAAGAUGAACUACCACAAAUAAAUGAUGACAAUGUACAGUG